AUGUCGGAACGCAAAGUGCUCCAGAAAUAUUUCCCUCCGGAUUUCGAUCCGUCGAAGAUGGUCAGGCAGAGAGGACCUAAGAAGACAGGACCACUUCUUCAGACUGUCAGACUCAUGGCGCCGUUUUCGAUGAAGUGCAAUGCCUGUGGAGAGUUCAUAUACAAGGGAAGAAAAUUCAACGCGCGCAAAGAAACCACAGACGAAAAGUACUACGCCAUCACAAUCUACCGCUUCUACAUCAAGUGCACUCGCUGCUCUCAGGAGAUCACCUUCAAAACGGAUCCAAAGAACAUGGACUACGAAGCCGAAAAGGGCGCCAAACGCAACUUUGAACCCUGGAGAGAGGCCAAACUGGCAGAAGAAACGGAAGAAGAGAGACUGGACAGGCUGGAGCGUGAAGAAGCUGAGCGUGACGCCAUGAAGGAGCUGGAGACAAAGACACUGGACGCGAAGACUGAGAUGCAAAUUGCCGACGCUCUGGACGAAAUCCGUACGCGCAAUGCCAGGAAUGAACGCGCCGCCAAAGAUGGAGUAGAGGUUACGGUUGUGGACAAAGUUGACGAGGAAAGGGAAAAACAAGAGGCAGAGGAUGCCGAAGCAGCAAGAUUGGCUUUCAUGGCAGGCACAGGCGAGAAGGUCAGGAGACUGGUGGAAGAUCCUGAAGAUGAAGGGACUGGUACCGCUUCUACAUCAACAACUGCUACAACUACAAGCGCGCCUAUGGGUCCUCCGCCCGUGCCAACCUUUACCCGCAAACCAAAAAAGAAGACCGAUUUCAGCGCAAAACUGGGUAUCAAAAAGAAAUCGCUCGUCUGA